GCGGCGCGGCCCCGCCCCGCGGGUCGGCUGAGGGGACGCGGCGCGGCGGCGGCGGCCGCUGCUCUCCCGGGGCUCGGCAGGAUUUCAUAUGAUGAGGCUUUUAUUAUGGCCAGUGAUCCCUUGGAAGGCUUUCAUGAAGUGAACCUUGCUUCGCCUACUACACCAGAUCUUCUCGGAGUAAAUGAGCCAGGGACUCAGGAACAAACUACCUCACCCAGUGUCAUCUACCGACCACAUCCUUCUGUUGUGUCCUCCACGCCAAUCCAACCCAAUGCAUUAAGUGUUUCUGACCUCCCCACACAACCUGUUUAUUCAUCUCCCAGACAACUGAAUUGUGGAGAAUUAUCAGGUGUCAGCAUCAAUGUUACCGACGCAGUACUUUGUUCUACCUCUGGACCCCAGAGUGGGUCAUUCAAUCACAAUAAUGCCAGGAAGGAGAGCAAUAACGUAGAGAGAGAGUUUUUGCAGGGUGCUACAGUAGCAGAUGUUGCUGAAGGAAACGAAGAUAUUUUUGGGUUGAGUACAGACAGUUUAUCUCACUUACGGAGCCCAUCUGUACUGGAAGUAAGAGAAAAGGGCUAUGAGCGAUUGAAAGAAGAACUUGCGAAAGCUCAGAGGGAGCUGAAGUUAAAAGAUGAAGAAUGUGAAAGGCUUUCUAAAGUACGAGAUCAACUUGGACAGGAAUUGGAAGAACUUACAGCUAGUCUGUUUGAGGAAGCACACAAAAUGGUUAAAGAAGCAAAUGUCAAACAAGCUGCAGCAGAAAAACAGUUAAAAGAAGCACAAGGAAAGAUUGAUGUCCUCCAGGCUGAAGUAGCAGCAUUGAAAACACUAGUACUGUCUACUUCACCAACGUCUCCAACUAAGGAGUUUCAGUCUGGUGGAAAAACUCCUUUUAAGAAAGGCCAUGCAAGAAACAAGAGUACAAGCAGUGCUAUGGGUGGCAGUCAUCAGGACCUUACCAUGAUGCAGCCAAUUGUAAAAGACUGUAAAGAGGCUGACCUGUCUUUGUACAAUGAAUUUAGAUCUUGGAAGGAUGAACCUACUAUGGACAGAACAUGUCCUUUCUUGGACAAAAUUUAUCGGGAAGAUAUUUUUCCAUGUUUAACCUUCUCAAAAAGUGAGUUGGCUUCAGCUGUCCUGGAAGCUGUUGAAAACAACACUCUGAGCAUUGAACCUGUUGGCUUGCAACCUGUUCGAUUUGUGAAAGCUUCUGCAGUUGAAUGUGGGGGACCAAAGAAAUGUGCUCUCAGUGGACAAAGUAAGUCAUGCAAGCAUAGAAUCAAAUUAGGAGAUUCAAGCAGUUAUUACUACAUUUCUCCUUUCUGUCGUUACAGGAUCACUUCUGUGUGUAACUUCUUUACAUAUAUUCGAUACAUCCAGCAAGGACUGUUGAAGCAGCAAGAUGUGGAUCAGAUGUUCUGGGAAGUUAUGCAGCUGAGACGAGAGAUGUCACUAGCAAAACUUGGCUAUUACAAGGAAGAGCUCUAAGUCUUAUUACUCGUGUGCGUGCAUGGACUUCAUUGAAUAUACAUAACUAAAAUGGCUGAAUCUUUUUUUUGUCACUUGAUAUUUAUUUCCACAAAGUGGGUCCAAGAUCUUUCUCCUUUUGCAGAUGGCACUAAGAAGUACUGUGAUUGUUUUAAACUGACCUAUGCUGUAUAUGCGUACAUAUAAUAUUUAGUUGAACAAAUGUGGUAAACACUUGCAGGUGUAUUAGUGAUUGUAAUUUACAUUUAAAAACAGAAAUUCUGAUUAAAGUGUUAAUCUGAAACAGC